AUGGAAGUCAUCAACCACAUUCUCCUCUUCAUCUCCCUUUCUUCCCUUCUCCUCUCAGCAAAUGCUGUUUGCGUACCUCGCAAGCACAGCGACUUUGCUGUCUCCACCAAUCCAUCCUCAGCCCCCGCCUUGCAUCAUGCAGAUGUCUCAGUUCCAUCCACGUCGGGUGUCUCCGGUUCAGUUGAAGCUAGAUUGCCUCAUGCAGAUGUCUCAGCUGCGUUGGGUGUUUCCGGUUCAGUUGAAGCUAAAUUGCCCCAUGCAGAUGUCUCAGCUGAAGUUAAAUUGCCUCAUGCAGAUGUCUCAGCUGCGGCGGGUGUCUCUGGUUCAGUUGAAGCUAAAGUGUCCGGUUCAUUCUCCCCCAUUUUGCACACUCCACCAACUGCAAAUGUUAAUCCUGCUGUCCACAAAGUUUGUGGCAUAACUAAAGACCCUGUCGUUUGUGCCACCACCAUCAUUCCAUUCCUUAGUGGAGAGUUUGACCCAGCUUCCAUCCUCGUGUCCGAGAUUCAAGCAGCUAUAAGCUUCACCAAUAAAACCAUUGCUAAGGCAAACGAACUUGCUACACACCAUUCCACAUCCAACUUCGAGUCCCAGUGCAUAGAACAAUGCCAAGAAAACUACGACAGUGCCCUCAACAAUUUUCAAACUGCCUUGGUCGCCAUUAAAGCACAUGAUGCUGGCCGUUUAAAUAGUGUGCUUAGUGCUGCUAUUACUGAUGCUGACACUUGUAAUGAUGGUUUUAGCGAUGCUGGGAUACCCGGGUCACUUUUGGGUGAGGCCAAUGCCUACAUUCAUUUGUUGGGUGCCAUUUGCUUGGACAUAUCUACGUUGCUCCAUUAA